GGCCCCUCCUCCUCCUCCUCCCUUUCAUGGCUGCGCUUCGUGCCGCGAAAGCUUUCGUCUUUCGCCCUACCCGAGCCCCGAAAACCUAAUCGGGUCGUCUCUGUCGUUUUUUUUUUUUUUCCUUCUUUUUUCCUUUUUGUGGAGCGCGGUCGGGUUCUGGGCAACUUGACUCGACCUGCGUCCCACUCCCGAUCCGAAACCCAUAUAGGGUUCCGCUAUAAAUGGUCUGUCUUAACCCGACCCGGAUCUUCGCGCGUGCCGGGUGUGUUUCCUGAGCUGGUUGGUGCUGGCGACGGGUUUCGGAUCUUCUGACCCGUCUCGGUCCUUCCUUCCUUCCUUCCUUCCUCCCCCGUGCGUGCUUCCUGGCGCUUUCGUAUUGGGUGUUUGUUGGCGGUUUCUCUUAACGUUUGUUCGGCAGGGGAACGAAACGUGCAGCUUGUCGUGAAUGUUUUGUGCAUCUUCCGUUGCUCCGUCGUUCCUACGUUGUUGGUGUCAGUUUACAGUUUAUCACCGAGUGAAGUAGGAAGCGAGUCUACGUUUCGGUUGAGAUAGACCAACGGGCGAUGCAAUGAUGAUUUGAACAUGAUGGCACCUUUAGUUUCAGCGUCUUUUCUUUAGAGGAUGGUUAUUCAACUUAAGUAUAUGCGAUGGACUUAUCAGAUGCAGUCAUAAUUAACUCAAGCAGAUUAAAAUCAGUUGUCUGGAACGACUUUGAUAGAGUCAAGAAAGGUGAUAUCUGUGUGGCUAUAUGUAGGCACUGUAAAAAGAGACUGAGUGGCUCGAGUACUAGUGGUACUUCUCAUUUGAGAAAUCAUUUGAUCAGGUGUCAGAGAAGAUCUAGUCAUGAUAUCACUCAACUCAUUCCGGCAAGGGAAAGAAAAAGGGAGCGACCGCUUGCAAUUUCAAAUUUCAGUUUUAAUCAAGAGCAAAAAAAGGAUGAAGGGCUGAACCUUGUGAAUAUCAAAUUUGAUUCCGACCACAUGAAGGAUGAUAAUGCAAAUGCGGUGACUGUGGGCAGUAACUACGAUCAAAGGAGAAGCCAGUUUGAUCUUGCGCGUAUGAUCAUUAUACAUGGCUAUCCACUGAAUAUGGUUGAGGAUGUGGGGUUCAAGGUGUUUGUCAAGAAUUUGCAGCCGCUUUUUGAGCUUGUGACAGUGAAUAAAAUAGAGGCUGACUGCUUGGAAAUCUACGAAAAAGAGAAGCAAAAGGUUUUUGAGGUCUUGGAUAAAUUGCCUGGAAGAAUUAGCCUCAGUAUUGAUGCUUGGGCUGGUGCUGGUGAUGUUCGAUACUUCUGUUUGGCCGCAUAUUUCAUAGAUGAAUCUUGGCAGCUGAAGAAGAAGAUACUGAAUUUUGUGUCGGUGGACUCUUCUCACACGGAUGACAUGCAAGCAGAUGUCAUCAUGACUUGUCUCAUGGAUUGGGACAUCGACCGUAAAUUGUUUUCCAUGACUUUUGACGGUUCUUCCUCUGACUUCUUUGUUCUCAGAAUCAGAGAUCGUCUAUCACAGAACAGGUUUCUUUAUGGUAAUGGCCAACUUUUUGAAGUGCGAUGUGUGGCUACUGUUCUCAAUCAGAUGGUUUGGGAUACCUUGGAAUCGCUAGGGGAGGUAAUUCACAAAAUUAGGGAAAGUAUUCGGUACCUCAAAAGUUCACAAGCAAUGUUAGAGAAGUUCAACAAGCUGGCCCAACAAGAAAGCAUUGAUACUGAAAAGUGCUUAACUCUCGAUAACAGCUCCAGAUGGGACUCGACUUACAGGAUGCUUGAGGUUGCCUUGGAGUACAAGAGCGCAUUUUCUCUUCUGAGGGAAGAGGACCGGCUAUUCACGGUUUGUCCUUCUGAUGUGGAGUGGGAGAGAGCCGGCGCUGUUACCGGUUUCUUGAAUGUCUUUCUGGAGAUUAUGAAUGAUUUCUCCCGAAGCAGAUACGCGACUGCAAAUAUAUACUUCCCUCUGAUAUGCGAUAUUCAUUUGAAGUUGAUAGGUUGGUGUAAGAGUUCAGAUGAUUACAUCAGUUCUCUGGCCUUAAAGAUGAGAAGCAAAUUUGACGAGUACUGGGAUAAAUGUAGUUUAGGACUAGCUGUCGCGGCCUUCUUGGACCCUCGGUUUAAGAUGAAGUUGGUAGAGUAUUACUUCCCCCAAAUCUAUGGAAGUACUUCCCUUGAACGCAUCGAUGAGAUAUCCAGCCAAAUCAAGGCGCUUUACAACGAACACUCUGUCGGCUCUCCAUUAUCCACUCUUCAUCAUGGUCAGGCAUGGCAAGUCUGUGGCGGUAGCAGGAGCUUGUCGGGUCCUGGGAACGACGUGAAGGAUAGGCUGGUCGGGUUCGAUAAGUUCAUUGACGAAACGUCUCAGAGCGACGGCACGAAAACUGAUUUGGACAAGUACUUGGAGGAGCCUCUCUUUCCUCGGAAUGUUGAUUUCAACGUGCUGAACUGGUGGAAAGUUCACACCCCGAGGUAUCCCAUAUUGUCCAUGAUGGCACGAAAUGUGCUCGGUGCUCCUAUGUCGAGAGUCCUCUCGGAGUCGGCGUUCGACAUGGGUGGCAAGGUGCUUGACCGGGACCGCAGUUCUCUCAGCGCAGCGACCUUGCAAGCGCUGAUGUGUUCCCAAGACUGGAUAAGAAGCGAACUAGAGGGCUGAUACUAAUUUAGGUAAAACACACUUGGUGUCCGUCUCGUUUCGCACCGAGAUUUUGUAUCUAGCUGUUGAUUUAAUCAAAAUGCAAGUUACCAAUUAUGCUGCUGGGACAUCUUCGGGAUGCUCCUAGUAACCGACGGAUGGUCUCACCAAAUUCAACUCUCUCUCGAUACCGAUAUGCCCAGGCUCGUAUUUCUUUGGGCUGGGCUUUGCUCUGUUCUGCGUCUGAAACCAUAGCUUGCUCGAUCAAUCAAACUAUAGGCGUUGGCUUAUAUUGGAGCAUAUUCGAGGGGUCAAAUCGGUGGAUCAGCUGCAGCUUCGAGAGAGGACAUCUGGGAGAGAUUAUGGUGUCCCCCACUUUGUCAAUAAUUCUGUGGGGUAAACAAGAUUAAGAUUCUCUUUGCUUGGACCAGUAUGGCAAAGGUCCAAUUACUUGGAACACAGACAGGAUCAUGGGAAUACCGUGGCGUGGUAGUACUGGCUUUAGUCCAAAGUUUUGGAGGUCCAAGAAUUGACUAAGUUAUGACUCAUACUACAAAAGAAGACACGGAACUUAGACCAGUGUCGUACGGUGAUUCUACAUCGGCAUUGAAUGAAACUCAAAGUGCGGGACAGAAAUGCUUCUGGUCCUCUUUGUUCUUGUCCUGCAAAUUUUUUGAUUAGAUGGAGUGAUGGUGACGGGGUAUGUAUGAUCGGGCAUUUAUGGAAUUAGGUAAUUGCAUUCAA